AGUGAAAGACUGGGAUGGGGAUUGAAACCACAACUCGCAUACAAACAAGACAUUUACCACCAUCUACUGGCCACUAAGUGAUACUGCACACACCGUAUGUUGAUUGGCAAUCCACCCCUUAUCCAGCCUUAAAGUAAGAUAUAAGUCAAUUCAAAAGGCAUAUCUUUAUGUAUUCAUAUGAUGUAUGUGUGCUCGCCCCUGUCCCUGCAUAUGGUAAGUGUCCUUCCCCAGAGUCCUUUUCCUGCCCUCUGUGUGGAGACAGUUGUAAUGAGAGUCAUGUGGGCCGGAGACGGUUGUAAUGAGAGUCAUGCGGGCCAUCUGUCUGUCUCUCUGUGGCAGGAAAAGGCCUAGUUUUGGGAGCCCAGCCCCUCAGGUUUCUUAGUGGCCAAGGGAGGAGGUUAAUGUCCACUGCACAACCCCAGGACACUGCUACUGUGCAACGAGGGAAAUGAACACCACUCCUACGGACAUCCAGAUGUUGUGGAGCUAACUGUUCAUCAACUCAUCAAUGUUUGUGUCCCUUAUGCAGUGUGACAGGGCCUAACUCUGAAAGUUAGCGGGGUCUGGGGCGUACCUUGGAGAGCUCCAUCCAUGAGCUCUGAACACCAUGACCUUUCAGAAGUCUUCGUCGACCUCUAGCAUAUUCCACAUGCUCAUAUUAUGGUUUUCCAUUGUCCUGUUCUGCACUGAUGGGUUGAGAGCUGAGAUGGGGACGACACCUAACCUGAAACAUAUAGUGAUUGGUCGAUGUUACAGCUACAUAACACUAGUUUGCCCUAAUUCCAGCUAUGACUGUGAGGAGAUCUGGAGGGAGUUUGAGGAGGCUGUCAUGAGGAAGUCUCGCUGUAACGUGAAGGUUAAGGACUACAAAAGGAUGUUCCAUGCCACGCCACAGACUCUGACAUGUGGUAAGUUGCUGUUCUGGAGUAAGACCAGGGAGCUGAUGCACAGCUAUGCAGCUGUAACACGUCGUUUCUGGACCCUGGAGGACACGCUGGUGGGAUACAUGUUUAAUGACCUCAUCUGGUGCGGACAGGAAGAGAAAGACAGAGGCUUUGAUUUCAACUCUUGCCCAGACUGGUCAACGUGUGUAAACCAUCCUGUCUAUUCCUUGUGGAGACAAGCCUCACAAAAUUUUGCUGCAGCGGCAUGUGGCAACAUCACAGUGCUGCUCAAUGGAUCCAUAGAGAAUGCUUUCAACAGGAAAAGCAUGUUUGGGAGUGUGGAGCUAGACAGCCUGAACCCCAGAAUGGUGGAUCAUGUCAACAUCAAGGUGGUGGCCAACCUGGAGGGACCCUUCAUAGAAUCCUGCACUCAGGGUUCCAUUGUGGAUUUGAUCAAUGUCCUAAAGACCAGAGGGUUCCGCUGGACCUGCACAGACAGUGACCUGUCACCAGGCUGCUCAUUAUGGCCACACCUGUCACCAUCGUUACGCGCAUCAGCUCAUAAUGACACUCACCUGGACUCCAUCACCUCCUUGAUUACCUGCCCUAUAUAUGUCACUCCUUUUGGUUCCUUCCCCAGGUGUCAUUGUUUCUGUUUCAUGUCUGUGUGUUGUUCGUGUUUUGUAUUAUGUUUCGUUCAUUUAUUAAAUUAUUCACUCCCUGAACUUGCUUUCCGACUCCCAGCGCACACGUUACAGAAUGACGCCUCACCAAAGGGAAGCAUCAGAGAGUUUUUUGGUUUUUGUGUUGGAGGUGAUGUCGGGUCUGGGGGUCAGAACUGGAGCUACCUGGGAGGCCUCAGCCGGUUUGUAGGAUUCCCAUACCUUGGCGGGUUCGAGGGGUUUCCCUGCCUUUGCUGGCUCGACGGGUUUCCAUACCUCAGCGGGAUCGACAGGCUGUGAUUCCUCAGCGGGUUCGAUAGACUCCUAUACCUCAGCGGGCUCGAUAGGCUCCUAUGCCUCAGCUGGGUGAACAGGUUCCCGUGCCUCGACCAAUGCAACCAGGGAGGUCUCAGCCGGCUCAUCAGGCUCUCACGCCUCAGCCUAUAUAUGUCACUCCUUUUGGUUCCUUCCCCAGGUGUCAUUGUUUCUAUGUCUGUGCGUUGUUUGUGUUUCUUGUUUUGUAUUAUGUUUUGUUCAUUUAUGAAAUUAUUCACUCCCUGAACUUGCUUCUCGACUCCCAGCGCACACGUUACUAUGAGACUGUUGUUUGAAAAAGAAUUGGGGGAUACUACUGAUUAUUUUUGACACUACAACCAUAUUUGCAUAAAUCCCAAUGCAUUUCAAUUGGCAUAGGUUAUUAACAUGGUAAAAGUUUGGACUGUAACUAGUCUUCAACCUUUAAAGCUAGAAACGCCAUUUGGAUUUUCCACUGUUCUUGAACUGUUAAAGCUACAAAGACCAAACCAACUUUGACAUGUUACAGACUGACUCAACUUGUAAAAUGAAAUAAAAUAUCCCAGAAAUGUUCCACACGCACAAAAAUCUUAUUUCUCAAAAAUGUUGGGCACAAAUAUGUUUACAACCCUGUUUGUGAGCAUUUCUCCUAUGCCAAGAUAAUUCAUCCACCUGACAGGUGUGGCAUAUCAAGAAGCUGAUUAAACAGCAUGAUCAUUACACAGCUCCACCUUGUGCUGGGCACAAUAAAAUACCACUCAAAAAUGUGUACUUCUGUCACACAAUACAAGGCCACAGAUGUCUCAAGUUUUGAGGGAGCCUGCAGGAAUGUCCACCACAUCUGUUGCCAGAGAAUUGAAUGGUGAUUUCUCUACCAUAAGCCGCCUCCAACAUAAUUUUUGAGAAUUUGGCAGUACAUCCAACUAGUCUCACAACCGCAGACCACGUGUAGCCACGCCUGGCUCCCCAGUGGGUGGGCUCCCAAGUGUGUGGGCCUAUGCCCAGUCAUGUGAAAUCCAUAGAUUAGGGCCUACCUAAUGAAUUUAUUUCAAUUUACUUUCAACUGUAGCUCAGUAAAAAAUGUGAAAUUGUUGGAUGUUGCGUUUAUAUUUUUGUUCAUUGUAGAUUGCUUGUCAAAAGAUUGUUGAUGCUAUUUGUACUUUUUGAACUAUAACCGUUUUAAAUUAGGAUAAAAGCUCCAUAGACUUCAAAGGCAAAACAAAUAUUUGCCGCUGCCUUGAUCCGUUCCAGCUAGAAACACCGCCCCAACAUUGUGCUGACUGACUCAACUUAGAUUACCUCAACACCGCUUUU